AUGGCCAACAAAUCGCACAAUCGAAGAACCAAAUGGAGCCUCGAUUCAGUCAGAAUAAAUCGGAUAUCAUCGGAACCAUUAGCAUCGCCUCCUGGCUACAGUUCUUCAACGAUCGGUUCCAACAGCGAAGUAUCAAAGAAAACUGACGUGUCCCGGCUAAUAACAAAGAAAUCUUGGGACCUGGCCCUGGCCCCUGUGAAGCAGGUUCCCAUGAACCUCUUCAUCAUGUACAUGGCCGGCAAUUCGAUAUCGAUAUUCCCGAUAAUGAUGGUGGGGAUGUUGUUGAUGAGACCGUUGCAGGCGAUUUGGUCGACAAAAGCUACUUUUAAAAUGAUGGAUACUUCGAGUGCCAUUUUGCAGAUGAUAGUAUACGUUCUGGGCAACUUUAUUAAUAUAGGGCUGGCUUUGUAUAAAUGCCACAGUAUGGGCUUGUUGCCUACUUACGCGAGUGACUGGCUGGCGUUUGUGGAGCCCCCGAUUCGACUCGAAUAUUUAGGUGGCGGUGUAAAAUUAUCUUAA